GUACUAAAUUCUUAAAUUUUUUCCCUUCUCUAUAUUUUUUUCAAUCAAAUUAAAUAUUUUUAUCUGGAUUUCAGUUUGAAAGUUUCCAUUUUGGCUGGCGUGUUCCAAGUUCAAACCUUUAAUCUUUGUCCCGUUCUAAUAUAUUGUGCCAAUUAAUCCAAAGGAGUAGUCUUUUUAGACUUUUUCCAAAGGUGAAACCGAGUGGGCAUGGAAGAAGUGGUGAAAAAGUACUCAUAGUUUUGUGUUGACUCGGGUUCCUGUUCUGAGAGGAUGAAGCUGGUCAUUUCUUCUCUUUAGCUAGGCUCUUAAUAAGUGUCGUCUUUUGUAUGUUUGCCUCUAACUGUCGAAGAGUUAGCACUGGAUAAUUUUUUACCCCAGGCGUUAAGCAUUUGUGCAUCCAAUGGUGCCUUCUCGGGUGGUUGGUGGAAUGGCACAAUCAUCUUCAAGUUCUGGAAUAUUUUUUCAAGGAGAUGGGCAAUCGCAGGUUGCAGGAAAUUCUCAGUUGAGUUCAAAUUUUGGGAACUCUUCACAUGCACCUGGACAUGCUCGAGCCAAUAUGGGACCGCUUCCGGGGGAUGUCAGCAACACAGUCUUCAACAGUGUGGCAACCUCAGGACCCAGCAUUGGGGCAAGUUCUUUGGUCACUGAUGCCAAUUCAGGGCUUUCAGGGGGCCCCCAUCUGCAGAGAAGUGCUAGUUUUAAUACAGAUUCUUAUAUGCGGUUACCUGCAUCACCCAUGUCAUUCACUUCUAAUAAUGUUAGCAUUACUGGUUCGUCUGUCAUGGAUGGAUCGGCUGUUGUUCCACAAAGCUCCAAUCAAGAGCCAGGCUCACAAGCUCAUCAAAAUCAGCAGCAUCAGGGAGCUUCAAGUGCCACAUCUUUACCCACAUCACGAAUGGGGCAAGUACACAUCCCAGGCGGUCCAAGGGUUCCUAAUUCUUUCAUUCAGGAUCCAACCACUAUUUCUCAGCUACAAAAGAAACCCCGUUUGGAUAUUAAGCAGGAAGAUAUUUUACAGCAGCAGGUUUUGCAACAGCUGUUGCAGAAACAAGAUCCCAUGCAUUUACAGAACACCAAUCCUCAGUUACAAGCCCUAAUUCAACAACAGAGACUAAGGCAGCAUCAGCAGCAGCAACAGCAUCGAGAACAGCAACAGCUUCUUCAGUCUAUGCCCCCAAUGCAGCGAGUUCAGUUGUUGCAGCAACAGCAGCAGCAGCAGCAGCAGCUAAGACAGCAGCUUCUACAACAGGGAAUGCAGCCUGCAUCUGGUAUAAAGCGCCCCUAUGAUGGUGGUGUAUGUUCACGUCGCCUAAUGCAGUACCUGUAUCAUCAGAGACAGAGACCUGCUGACAAUACUAUUGCCUAUUGGAGAAAAUUUGUAGCUGAGUAUUACUCUCCACGUGCAAAGAAAAGGUGGUGUCUAUCCUUAUACGAUAAUGUUGGGCAUCAUUCGCUGGGGGUAUUCCCCCAGGCAGCAAUGGACGCAUGGCAGUGUGACAUUUGUGGUUCAAAAUCUGGAAGGGGGUUUGAAGCAACUUUUGAAGUGCUCCCAAGACUCAAUGAAAUCAAAUUUGGUAGUGGUGUCAUCGAUGAGCUUCUUUUUCUGGACUUGCCUCGUGAAUGUCGAUUUCCUUCAGGAAUGAUGAUGCUGGAGUAUGCCAAGGCAGUUCAAGAAAGUGUAUAUGAGCAACUCCGUGUGGUUCGUGAGGGCCAGCUUCGCAUUAUUUUCACCCCUGAUCUGAAGAUAUUAUCUUGGGAGUUUUGUGCACGGCGUCAUGAAGAACUUCUUCCUCGCAGAUUGGUUGCACCACAGGUGAAUCAAUUACUGCAAGUUGCACAAAAAUGCCAAAGCACAAUAUCUGAAAGUGGACCUGAUGGCAUUUCUCAACCAGAUAUACAAGCAAAUAGUGUAAUGGUGGUAACAGCUGGACGUCAGCUUGCUAGGAGUUUGGAGUUGCAGUCGCUAAAUGAUCUGGGCUUUUCAAAAAGAUAUGUCCGGUGUCUACAGAUAGCUGAGGUUGUCAACAGCAUGAAGGACCUGAUGGAUUUCUGCACAGAACAAAAAGCUGGCCCUAUUGAGGGCUUGAAAAAUUUCCCACGAGACACCUCCACGCCCAAGGUUCAGAUGCAAAAGAUGCAAGAAAUGGAACAGGCGGGUGGUCUUCCUAGUGACCGCAACACACUCAACAAGCUGAUGUCAUUAAAUCCUGGACUUAAUGGAUCGAUGGGCAAUAACCAACAGCUGGUUGGUCGAGGUGCUCUGACUGGUUCGGCACAGGCUGCUCUUGCUUUGACUACCUACCAAAGUUUGCUGAUGAGACAAAACUCGAUGAACUCAGCACAUAAUAGCUCACAUCAGCAAGAGGCGUCUUCACCUUUCAGUACAUCCAGCCAGCCUACAACUCCGGGGCCAUCAGGCAUUUUGCCAGGUAGCUUUCAGAAUCAGCCAGGUGGUGGCUUCUCUAGCGGCCAAGCUUCUCAGCGGCAGCAGUUAAUGCAGCAGCAUUCAGCAAAUGGGAAUGGUCUAUUACAUCAACAUCAAUCUUUGCAUUCUCAAGGCAGCCAAGCAUUACAACAACAAAUGAUCCAGCAACUACUGCAAGAUAUGAGCAAUAAAAAUAAUGGGACAGCUCCACCACAUCAGUCCAUGUCUGUGCAGAAUCAAGGUGGGAAUAUGUCGAGGGAAGGCUCUGGCUUUAGGAGUUCCCCGACAAUUAGUGGAGCAGGAAACGCGCCAGGGAAUAGUGCUGGGCGCCCUCCAAGCAGAAGCAAUAGUUUUAAUGCAUCGAAUGCUGAACCUCCUACUCCUGCUGGGAAUAUUGGAUUCAACGAAAAAACAUCGGAUUUGUCCCAGAACCUUCAUCUAUCCGAUGAGUUGGUUCCGGAUGUUGCCCAUGAGUUCUCGGAGAAUGGUUUUUUUAACAAUGAUCUGGACGACAACAUGAACUUCGACUGGAAGGCUUGACUAACUUAGUAUAUUCUCAGCUAUUAACAAGUCUUGAGCCAAGAAGUGGAAACCGAGAAUGUUGUACAGGUUGUUUCAGUUACCUUCUUUUUCUCUUCUUUUUUUCCUUCAUCCCUGUUCUCCUGAUUAUGGAAAUUGUUGGACAAUUUCUAGCACACUAUUCUUUUUCUUUGUUUUAUCUUCUUUUUCUUUUCUUUUCUUUUGUUUUUUCCCCCCUUUCUUAAACUAAUGGGUUUCCAUAUGUAAAACUUCUUGCAAGUGUAAUCUAUUGAGUUGAUUCAAGUCUUCA